AGUAGCAUACUAGCAGUGUCUUUGACAAAAGCGUGAAGUAUGAGGUUGGUGGCACGUGUGUUACGAACAUGGAUGUUGUAAGUGAAGUAUUACAAAAGGCGAAAAAGGCAUCGGAGAAAUUCAAGCCCACAGAUGUAGAGAAACAUUUAGAACUACAAUUCGACAUUGGUACGCUCCUGGCAGUUGACACAAAUGAAAUCGAUAUCAAAAAAUUAAGAAAUGAGGGAGAAACCUACUUGCAGAAUCUGGCUAGAGACAAUACACAGCUCUUAUUGAAUAGGAUAUGGGAGUUGCCAACUGAAAGGACUGAAGAAGCAGUAGUAGCAAAAUUACCAGCACCAUCUUACAUUCUUCCUAGGCAGCUCCCAGUUCCCAAACCUAAAGCACCUACAGUGUGGGAGAAAUUUGCAAAGGAAAAGGGCAUCAAAAAGAAGAAAACACCAAAGAAGAAGUGGGAUGAUAUCCUAAAGAAAUGGGUACCUCUGUAUGGAUACAGGCGUGCUGCUGCAGAAAAGGAACGAGACUGGGUACUAGAAGUACCGCAAAAUGCUGACCCAAUGGAAGACCAGUUUAGCAAAAAGGCUGAAAUUAAGGUUGAAAGAGUUUCAAAGAAUGAAUUUCAGAGAUUAAGGAAUCUGGCUGCCUCUAAAAAUAUCAAAGUUCCGAGGGUGGGCUUGCCUCCUACAGAGACGCUGAGUUCUUCACAGCUUGGAGCAGCUGUUAGUGUCGCUAAAGCUUCAACUGCAUCAGUGGGAAAGUUCCAGGCAAAGCUUCCAAAAGAGAAACAGGUUAAUAAAUUAGGGCCAUUAUUACAAAGUGGUAAAAAGAGGAAGCCUCCACCACCACGUCCUGACCAAGAGAAGAAGAUGAACUUAGAAAUGGUGGAUAGCAUUCUUAAGAAAAGGCCAAAACUUGAUAUUGAAAAGGCAGUCAACCGACAAAUAUUUCAGGAACAACAAGAGCGUUCAGAAGAAAGGAAAAACCAGAAGCCUAAAAAGGGAGGCAAAAGGAUGAGGGACAUGGGCAAUCAAUCAAAAAAAGGGAAAGGUUCAAAGAACAGAUCUGGAGCAAAACCUCGAAGUAACAAGGGAUCCAGAAAACCUAACAAGAAUGUUGGACGGAAGCGGCGUUGAAAUAAAAUGAAGAAACUUUUUUUUGUUCGAUUUCUGGAAACUAAAUGUCUGUAAUUAAUCCUUUAACUGCCCUGGACUUGUUAACGAAUGCACUUUUGUACCUGUCCCUGUGUGUUCUGAAUGUGUUUACACGCGCCACCAGUCCUUCUACCUGGUACUCCGAACGCGUAGACACGUUCAGAGUACCAGGUAGCACUGGUGGCACGUGUAAACACGUUCAGAGCACUUAGGGACAGUUACAAAGGCGCGCGCGUUAACACGUCCAGAGCAAUUACAGGGCUAAGAAUGUUAAAUGUGUGUGAUUAAUAAUGUUAAUAUUAAAUUGUAAUUAUGAGAAGUAAUAAUUAGUAAAA